AUGGAUACCCAUAGUAGUUCUGAAGAACCCCGAUCGAUGGAGACAAACAGCGAGAUUGAGGAUUCUAGCUCAAGUAGGACUCGUACCAGUGAGUCGGAUGACCCUAUGGCCACAUAUCAAUCGAGUGGGGAUGAAGUCGCAACGCAGGAGGUCCACAUCGUCUACAUGAUGUGGAUGGCAUCACAAUUGAGCUCGCCUCGAGUUCUCAUCCCGGAACACAAUAUUGGCCUACGGGGGAAUCAAUAUAUUGAAGCCGUCUUGAAUGGGAACCCAAGGACUUGUAGAACAAUGUUUCGAAUGGAAGUACCGGCCUUCCGAUAUGUCUGUGAUCUUUUACGACAGUCCUUGAUAAUGGACCCUACAGAGAGGGUGACUGUGGAGGAAUCAUUAGGGAUGUUUUGCUUUCUUGUUGGCCAUGCACAAGGUCAGCGCAUCAUUGGAGACCGAUUCCAACAUUCGAGCGAGACAAUUAACCGGCAUGUGAAGACAGUCAUGCGGGCGCUACAUCAGCUAGGGAGAACUGUCAUUAGGCCUACAAACAUAGAUGGGGUCCAUCCUUACAUUACAGGGAACCCACACAAUUAUCCAUGGUUUGAGAAAUGUCUUGGUGCGAUGGACGGAACCAUGAUUGACGCUGCUGCACCAGCCAGACUAAGUAACGCAUAUAGAAAUCAUCGUGGUCGAAUCGCACAAAAUGUGUCGUGCUUAUAUGACUUCGAUAUGAAGUUCACGUAUGUAUAUACUGGCUGGGAGGGAACAGCACAUGAUGCUCGAGUAUUCUUGGAUGCUUUGAGUCGAUCUUCGAAUAAAUUCCCUUGGCCACCACAAGGCCAUUAUUACCUUGUUGAUUCUGCAUUUCCCUGCAUUGAGAAGUUUAUGCCUCCGUAUCCACGAGAACGGUAUCAUAGAUCUGAUCAUUAUAGUGGUCGUCAAUUCCGAGGAUAUAAAGAUUAUUUUAACUACCGUCAUUCAUCCCUACGCAAUAUUAUUGAGCGUACAUUUGCGCUACUGAAAAAUCGGUUUCAAAUAUUGAAUGCGAUGCCUCGAUAUCGGCCUACAAGGCAAGGGAUGCUUGUUACCGCAUGUUGUACACUGCACAACCUUAUUAAAACGAUAACGCCAAAUGAUGACUUUAUUCAGGCUGCAUUGGCGCUUCAGUUGAGUGAAGAAAAUAGGGAUGCGGAUGACGAGUUGGGCGAAACCUCUGAGGUGGUUGACAUGUCCCAUGAGUCAGCUGGAGUUAUGGCAGCACAGAGAGAUGGGAUUGCAAUCCCUAUGUGGCAAGAUAGGUUUGGGGAAUGA